CGAAAGAUCACGUCGCGUCCUUUGAAUCGCGCUUCCUGCAGACGCAAAGAGCAAAAGGUCCGACCUCACGUCUCGACCACACUUUGAUAUUCUAUUCCCACCCGCCUUUCACAACCCUGCCAACAAACAAACCAAAUUCUGGCUAGCAAAAGCUUAGCAAUCAAAUAGUCUCAAACUUACGCCAAAGUUCUAGUUUAGGACAUUCACGAUGGCUCCCAACGAAGUUGUGGACGACGUCGAUGUCAGCAUGGACGACCAAGAUGAUGCUCACAUGGAGAAUAGGCUCAUCAAUGAGGAGUACAAAACAUGGAAGAAGAACAGCCCGUUCCUCUAUGACAUGAUUUUGAGCACGGCGCUAGAGUGGCCGACAUUGACCACACAGUGGUUCCCGGACGUCAAGGACGUGAGCGAUAAGAACUGCACAGUCCACAGACUACUCAUCGGAACACACACUGCAGAGGGCAAGCCCAACUAUCUGCAGAUUGCCGAACUCGAGCUGCCCAAGUUUUCCGACCCUAACCCUCGCGACUAUGACGAGGAGCGCGGCGAGAUCGGUGGCUAUGGCGGCAAGGCGUCGUCGGGGGAACCAGCCGUGAUCAAGUUUAACAUCACCCAAAAGAUUGAUCACCCUGGCGAGGUCAACAAGGCGCGGUACCAGCCUCAGAACCCCGAUAUCAUCGCCACGCUCGCCGUAGAUGGAAAGGUCUUGAUCUUUGACCGCACCAAGCACAGCCUGACACCCACGGGCACGCCGAACCCCCAAAUCGAGCUCAUCGGCCACAAGGAGGAAGGUUUUGGGCUGAGUUGGAACCCCCACGAGGCGGGCUGUCUGGCAACCGGCAGCGAGGACAAGACAGUGCUGCUCUGGGACCUCAAGACGGUUCAGGGGAACGGCAAGACGCUCAAGCCGUCGCGCAAGUACACACACCAUAACCAUAUCGUCAACGACGUGCAGUACCACCCCAUGGUUAAGCACUGGAUCGGCACCGUGUCAGACGACCUGACGCUCCAAAUCAUCGACGUGCGGCGUCCCGAUACCACGAAGGCGGCUGUCGUCGCCCGCGAUGGCCAUAGCGAUGCGAUCAACGCGCUAUCAUUCAACCCGCGGACCGAGUUCCUGAUCGCCACAGCAUCGGCCGAUAAGACGAUCGGCAUCUGGGAUAUGCGGAACCUCAAGCAGAAGAUUCACACGCUCGAGGGGCACGUCGACGCUGUGACUUCGCUCUCGUGGCACCCGACCGAAAUUAGCAUCCUAGGUAGUGGGGGCUACGAUAGGCGGGUCCUCUUCUGGGAUCUUAGCCGCGCGGGCGAGGAGCAGCUGCCGGAGGAUCAGGAAGAUGGUCCGCCGGAGCUGCUCUUCAUGCACGGGGGACACACCAACCACCUGGCCGACUUUAGCUGGAACCUCAACGACCGGUGGUUGGUGUGCAGCGCCGCCGAAGACAACCUACUCCAGAUCUGGAAGGUCGCGGAUUCCAUCGUUAACCAAGACGACAUUGAGAUGCCGAUGAACGAGAUGGACGCGUCCAAUUAGAAGGGGGAUGGUAAGAAUCCGGGGUUGCGGCGGACGACACACCAAACUACCGGUCCGGGGCCGGAGAGGGCAGACUCCGAAUCUAAGUUCAAGGCAACCGUGGAGACGUCCAGAAGACAGCAGCAGCAGCAGCACACGUAUCUAACGACCAGAAGGGCAUGGGCCAAGCAGAUUGGUAUGGAGAUGAAAAAGAAGGGGGAGAAAGGGAAAGGGGCGGAGAAAGAGCGGGGGCGGGGGCAGAAACAGAAACAGGAGCAGGAGCAGGAGCAGCAGCAGCAGCAGCAGCAGCAGCAGCAGCA